UGAUUUAAGAUAUGAACCUGAACAUUACAAUAGGCUCCACUUGAGUCAGCUGAUGCAGGCAGCCACAUAUUUUUUUAAAAAAAAAUUGAAUGCAAGCAGCAAGUAGUAGUGUAGAGUUUGAAAUGCAGAACAGGGGUUAAGAAUUUUAGGCCUAGAUCCAAAUUCAUGAAUGAGUCACAGAGCUGAACUUCAAACUCAUUUGCAGUAAUUUAGUUGCAAGUUUGCAACCCUUUAUACUGAAGUUUCAUGUUGUACAUCACAGUCAUUUGUACAAUUGAAAGGCCUAAGAUCUGAAGUUUUAUGUUUCCUUUUGCUGAUUUAGGAUUGUUCAUAUUAGUGGCACAAAUGGAAUCACAUGCAGAUCCUGGACCAAUAGAUAAUUCUUUACUUUACGAUCAAGACAAUCAUGUCAGUUCGUCUAUUUGGGAUGGACAGGAGCGUGGUGUGCUUAGAUGUCAUGAACACACUUCAAUGCUUGAACAUUGGAAACUCACACCUAAACAAAUUGAGUUGGUGGAGAAGGCCGGAUUUGGUUACUUCAGAUCUAUUCCGACAAUUAUGCUUGACAAUUCACUCAUUUCGGCCCUUGUUGAGAGGUGGCGAAGAGAAACAAAUACAUUUCAUUUGCCUGUUGGAGAAAUGACUAUGUCACUUGAAGAUGCUGCACUUAUACUUGGGCUACCAGUGGAUGGAAAUCCUGUUAUAGGCCCUACCGUGAGGACACCCAGCAUAGUGUGUGAACAGUUACUGGGAAAAGUUCCAAAGGACUUAAAUGGGGGAAUGUUGAAGCUAAAUUGGUUGAGAGAGUGCUUUUCCAAAUGUCCUGAUGAUGCAUCGGCUGAAGAGACCGCACGCCAUACACGUGCUUACCUCCUAUAUCUUGUGGGCUGUACAAUAUUUUCCACAACUACUGGGAAUAAAGUCUCUGUUUCAUUUCUCACACUAUUUGAAAGUUUUGAUGAAGCUGGAAGAUUUGCUUGGGGUGCGGCAGCAUUGGCAUUCCUCUACAGAGCUCUUGGUAACGCCUCCCUCAAGUCUCAAGGCACAAUUAGUGGCUCUUUGACACUACUGCAGUGUUGGAGUUAUUAUCACCUGAAUGUUGGCCAACCAAAGUUCAAUGAAGAGCAAAACCAGGGUCGUUUUCCAUUGGCUCUUAGGUGGAAAGGACGAUCUAGUGGAACAAGAUCAAAGACUAACAUAGUUGCCUAUCGCAAGGCCCUGGAUUCCCUUCAGUACUAUGAUGUAAGGUGGUAUCCUUACAGAGAUUUGGAAUCGACAACUAUACCGGAAGAUAUAAACAGCAGUCGGAUUUUACGGACGUCAAAAACUAUGUUGAUAUGCUUUGGUAAGGCAGAAAGGCACCUCCCUGAUCGUUGCCUUAGGCAGUUUGGCAUGCUUCAACCUAUACCGGAGCAUCCUCAGAAAUGGGAGAGGAAGAUUCCUGCUCUUGAUCAGGGAUUAGACUUUUCAAAUGAGAUGGAGGUCGAACUGAAUGGGAAAAAUGAGAAAAUACGCUCAGAGAUCAGGGAGUGGUUAGAACGUGGUUUCUAUAUCGUGGAAGACGAGGAAGGCGUGGAUGAAAGCGAGUACUUGGAGUGGUAUAAGAAAAUUACUCGUAGAUAUGUUGGGAGGCCUGAAUCUUUAGAAUCUGAGUUCCAGAGAAUGGUUAGUGCUAUGAGAGAAAUAGAAAACAUAGCUGAUUCUUUACCAAUGGCAGAGAUGGGUUCCCAAGAUGGGAAGUUGCUUGCUGAAGUCAAGAGCACAUUGCAAACAUGUUUCAAUGAUGUCGUUGGAAAUCCAAAAAGGGGUAGGACUAAGAAUGCUGUAAAACGUAAGAGGGAGGGCGGAUGAUCCACCCGACUGGAUGAAGCCCUCCAGCAAUCAGAUGAAACAUGCUCUUCGGUACCUCUGGCAAAUUCAUUUGGUUGCAAUGACGUGCUUUCAUUUUAUUGAUUUUGUUGUUAGGUUUUUAUUUAUUUAUAUAGAUUAAGCUAUAUUAGUAGAUCUUCGAACGCUGUGAAUUAUGGUAAAGUUUUGGUUGUUGCUAGAGACUUAUCGAUAGAAGUAGGAGCUAUUAAUGUUUUUGUGAAGAAAGAAAGCAAUGAACAUCAACCAAGUUCUGUG